UACCGAAACGUCACUUUGAUGCGAUAUAUCAUUUGCUCAGAUUUUGGUGGUUUAUGUAGUCACGGAUAUUUAAAAACACUUAUUUUGAGAACUGAUAUUUAAUUUACACGUCAAUUUCGUCCUAAUUUGCAAUAUUUAAUGAUUUAUUGCACAGCAGAUUUUUUGACGUCCGAUCUCUAGGGUUGUCCGCGCGCAAAAAACACAACUGUCCCACGUGACUCAACACUGCGUACUGACGCGAGCCGGCAGCGAAAGCGAACCUUUAGAGCGCUUGUAGACGUCCGUUUUUUUCACCGGAUAACGGACCGUGAAUAAACGGCUAUCCUUGUAUACAUAUUUUUUUUACCGGAUGGAUGGACUGCCGUCUAUAUGCGUUAGUUUUGAACUGGUAGUCAGAGAUUACACACGUGUGAAAUGUCGAAUAAUAAGAAAAAAAAACUCGUAUUGGCCUACUAUUUGUACAAGAAGAAACAAAAAGAAAUAGAAAAACGUAAAAGGUCAUCGUGGGUGCAUCCUAUAUUAUUGGAAAGGGAAAAAUAUGGUGCAUUUCAAACUCUUUUUACGCAGUUGGAAGAAGAUGAAACUAAAUUUUACAAUUAUUUUCGGAUGAAGAAAGAAACCUUUCAACUAUUAUUAACAGCCAUAUAUGAUAAAAUAAGACACGAGGAUACUGACAUGCGUAAAUCUAUUUCCCCGGCAGAGAGAUUAGCCGUUACGAUAAGAUAUUUAGCUGCAGGGAACACAUUUAGUGAUCUACAUUACAGUUUCAGAAUGGGUAUAAAAACUAUCAGCUGUAUUGUACAAGAAGUAUUUGAAGCAUUGUGGGAAACCCUUUCUCCAAUUUAUAUGAAACUACCAUCGGAAGACGAAUGGUUAACAAUAGCAAAAAAUUUCGAGACCAAUGCAAAUUUUCCUCAUUGCUUGGGAGCCAUUGACGGAAAACAUAUUAGAAUCAUCAAGCCAGAAGAAAGUGGAUCAAUGUUUUUCAACUACAAGCUCUUUUUCUCAAUAGUAUUAAUGGCCGUGGUAGACACAAACUAUAAUUUUGUUUUUAUUGAUGUUGGAGCCUACGGCAAAGAAUGCGAUUCAGCAGUAUUUAAAGAAACAGAAUUUUGGAAAAGAAUAGUAGGCGAUAAAUUAAAUAUUCCUCGACCUAAGCAGUUGCCAGGUGCAGGCAGUGAGUUACCUUAUGUAUUUGUUGCUGAUGAAGCUUUCGCUUUACAUCAACACGUACUUCGUCCUUACGGUGGGCAUCAACUUGACUCAAUAAAAAAAAUUUUCAAUUAUCGUCUCACAAGAGCGCGACGCUACGUCGAAUGCGCAUUUGGUAUUUUAUCCAAUAAAUGGAGGAUUUUGCAUAGACCAUUAAAUGUUUCAACAGAUACUGCUGUUAACAUUGUAAAAACAUGCUGCUUAUUACAAAACAUAAUUCAUAAAGUAGAGGGUAUUGCUAAUAAUGCUACUGACACUGCUAGUUCACACAUGGUGUCUACUCUAUGCCAUUUGCCUCGUUCCCAUUCAACACGAGGUAAUGUAACAGCAAAUAUGAUUCGUAACAAAUAUGCAGAGUAUUUCAUGUCACCAGUAGGGCGUGUACCAUGGCAAAAUCAACAUGCAUAAAAAUAAUGAAAAUAAAAUGUUACUUACCAAAAU